CUUCUCAGACCAGCGGAAACUCAAGCUGUGGCAAAGUUCUGGGCUCGGUGCGGGUUCUGGGCUCUCCGACAGGGGGGAUGGCCAAGUGUGGUUUCCUCUGGGUGUCUCUUUUCUACCUGUGUUACCUGCUGCUGGGGGCAGUGGUGGUGUCCCUGAUAGAGCAACCCUACGAACGCAGCCUUCGGGAGAAACUGCGCUCCUUGAAGCUUGGGCUUCUGAACGGGAACCCCUGCUUGGCCGAACCCGACCUCGAACGCUUCCUGGUGCGGGCACUGGAGGCCCGUCGAUACGGUGUCUCCGUCUUUGGCAACACAUCACAUACCAACUGGGACUUCGCCUCUGCUUUCUUCUUUGCUGGCACCUUGGUCACCACAGUAGGUUAUGGCCACACAACCCCAAUCUCUGACAGGGGAAAGGCUUUCUCCAUCUUCUUCGCUGCCCUGGGGGUCCCCUUCACCAUGCUGCUUCUUGCUGUCAUCGUGCAGAGGCUGAUGAUCUACCUGAUGGAUCAGCCAAUCCGAGCACUCCAGGAGAGGUUUGGCUACUCGAACCAGCGAGUGACCCAGGUGCACUGCUUUGUGAUGUUCCUGUUCGCCUUCAUCGGCUUCUUCCUCAUUCCCGCUGCCAUUUUCAGUGCCAUCGAGAAGGACUGGACCUACCUCAAUGCCUUCUAUUUCUGCUUCACCUCCCUCAGCACCAUUGGUCUGGGGGACUACGUUCCCGGAGAGCAAAAUAACCAGACCCUGCGGCUGCUUUACAAGAUGUCAGUCACCUUUUACCUCCUGUGCGGCCUCACCAUGAUGCUUCUCCUCAUCCAGACAUCCCAGAAGGCAGUGGGCCUGCACGUCCUGACCCAGAUCUUCAACCUCCCUCUGGCUGACGAUGAAGAGGAGGAUGAGGAGCUUGCCUUAAAUUCAACAGGCCCCCAACCCUCCCUCCAGCUCAAUGGGCUGAAAGCUGGUCCCCGACCCCUCGCCCAUCCCGAACCCCCUUCCUACAAUUCCAUUUUGCCCUCCAGCGAUCGAUGAGAGAACCAGAGACUGGGGCCUCUCCAUGCCAGGACUGUUGGGACCUGUAAAUGUGGUUGACAUGGUGACUGGGUGGGGACAGGUAAAGGGUCAGAGGUAGAGGUUCGCGGCCUCUGCUCUUGAGGCCGAGUUGAUUUGUGAGUUUGGCUAACAAUGGGAAUUGGGGGAGCCCCAGGGUUUUCUGUGUCACCACCUCUGCGUCCCCCACCCCUUCCCCAACUCUCCGUGCUCGCUGGCGAAGCCUUCUGUCUAGGCCCCUUGGGUGGAGGCGGCUAGCUCCCACUUCACCUUUCUGCCCAGAUGGUAUGUCGGUUCAGUCACCACGCCCCCACCCCCCCCUCCCCACCACCCCGGCCCCGUUACCACCCUCCUCCCUGACAAACCAUGUCAGCCAAACCUAGCUCCGCCAACUCCAGUUUGUCCGGUGCCCCGAAUCUCCUGGUAACAUGAAGUUUGUUGGAAUGUUGGCACAAAAUGGUGCCACCUUUCCAAAUCCUACACUUGAGUAUUUAUUGCAGUUGUAUUUAAAAGCGGGAAGGGAACUGGCCAAGGAAAACCUACAGUGUCUUGAGCAAAUGUGCCAUCUGGCAUGGCCUCGUGGGGCAGAGAAUGAGAACUGCAACGAUGCCCCAGUAGUCCAUAGAUGGCACAGAAAGAGGCCAUUCACUCAACAAACUGCGUGUUGCUGUUCUACUUUGUACAGGGCCCAUUGCCAAGACUGUCUCUUAUCCAACGUCAAAAUAGUAUCUCCGUUCACACUUGGUAUGCUGAGAUCUACAACACUGUUUCUCAUGUCUGCAUCUCCCACCUCCACUCUCAGCAGUUCCUUCACCAUGUGGCCUCCUGCUCAUCACCUUCAUUCUCACUGUCUAAAUCCCCCAUGUAAUCCUUGAACCCCUGUGUCCUUACCCCAUUCCAAUCUGAGCAACUCCCUUCCUCCAGCGUUGCAUUGUUCUCGUUCCCUCUCUUACUUCGGCCUAGAUUUUCUUUGGACCUUCAGCAUAAGGGGAGGUGAGGCCUAUUCAUCCAGGUAAUGUUCCAGGGACCCGGGUUCGA